AUGAUUGGCUGCCGUACUCCGCCACCGCAACACGCUCCAACGCGACUCUUGGUAACAUACCGUAUUGUCACGGCGCCCCGAAGUCCUUCCAAACCCUCCUCCACAACCCUCCACAAUCCUCACAUUCCUCCACAUUCCACCGACCAAUUCGCAAGCCGGGAUCUUGCAUCUUCGUAUCUCGAGUCCCUGAAACCCGCAGACAGCUCACUCGCCAAUGCUAUCCUCUCCCCCUUUACGCGCAUCAAGCUCCUGAGGCAUUUCACCCCGGACCACGCCAGCCAAUCCGACCGGCUACCUACACAGUAA